AUGCACACACUUAUAAACAGGAAUGUCGUGGCGCAGAGUGACCUCUUUCAUUAGAAUUUCAAAUUAAUUCCGCGGGAAUUUUUAAAUAACAAAAAAUUAAAAGCAAUUAAAAAUAUUAAGAUCAUAAUAGUAGAUGUGUGAGAUGAAUUAUACAACUGAAAAGUAAUAAAAAAUUGAUUUUUAUCUAGAUACAAUAAGAAUUGAUUUGUAAAUACAAUGGUAGUGAAUUGGUGAUGUAAGGAUGGGUGGUGAGGGUAGUGAGCAUGGGCAGUGUGGAUACACAAUACACAAACAAUUUUUCAACUGUUUGCCACCCACCCUAAAACGCCCUAUUCUAUUAAAUCUAUGCUAUGAAUCAUUUUAUAAGACUAAAAUGUUUAUACACUAGCAAUAGAAGUAGAAAGUCAUUGUUGUGUAAAGUUUGCUGUGCAAUAACUUGUUAUGAGAAAAUUUUAAUAAAACUAUUAAUUAGUUUUACAUCGGUAUUAAUAAUCUUCAGUCUUAAAAAAAAAAUAUAAACUCUACAUAAAAUUAAAAAUAUAUUGUUGAAAGUUAAAAAUUAAAUAUGACAGAAGUCAAAAAAGAUGAUAUUGUUAAAAUUCUUCAUACCUAUCCAUUCUGUCGAAAAAGUGACAUGUCUGAUGAGAUGAAGCAAGAAGUUAUGGAAUUAUGUGUAACAGCUGCUGAAAAAUAUGCAGACAAUUACGAAAGUGUUUCAAAAAUGAUAAAAGAGACGAUGGACAGAAAGUUUGGGGCUUCCUGGCACACCGUAGUUGGAGAAGGAUAUGGAUUUGAAAUAACCUACCAGCUUAAACACUUGCUUUACAUGUACUGUGCGGGAAAUUUAGCUAUUUGUAUAUGGAAAUCAGCUUAACAUUUAUUUUAUUAUUUUUUAUAUUAAACCAAAGAUUAUUAUACUGAUGAAACAACAAAAUUAAAUUACUUACGCUAAUUAUAAAAAAUUACCUCAAUAUGUACAAACAGAUAUUACGCAAUUUAAUGUAUAAAUAUAUUUACUAAUAAAUUUAUUAAAAAUUA